AGGAAUACAAAUUGCCGCGUAUUUUAGAAAGAAAACGAAAACAAAUGCGGUAUUUCUUUCUGACAGAAAUCGUUCGCGGAUAUUUUUUGAAGCAAAGGGCAUGGCCGCUAGCACAAGCUUUGUUUACAUGCUCCUAAUACCGCGUUGCCUUUACAGCCCGCUGACGAAUAGAAAUGCUAAUUAAUAACUUUAUUUCUGCAAACAUGUCGGGCACUUUGAAGAACUGAUACCUUUUACCGGUGUUCGUGUCGGGGUUUCAGCUUAUGUUCAGACUGAGUUUUUUCUUCUGUUGUCAGUCAAACCGUUUCGUUUCACUUUCACAAAUUUGAAGUCGUCAUGUCGGAUGGUCACAGGCGCCCCCUGGUGGCGCUCACUCUGCUGCUGUGCACGCGGAUGGCUGUCCUGGCCGCCCCUGACCCAAAGGUGAGAGAAGCUCUCAUCCAGCAGGAGCUCGACAUGCAGACUGGGGGUGAGGUGAUGUUGAACGACGUGGAGAAGGUGCUGGACGCCCGACUGUCCAAAAUGAAACAAGAGGAGCAUCAGAGGGCUGAAUUCCUUCCCAGUUUGCAUUUCUUUAAGGCCAGGGAACGUAUCAGGGCUAGUCCCAUCUACAGCCUGCUCCAGAAGAUGCCGAAAGGCGGAGCUCUUCAUGUGCACGACUUCUCCAUGAUUGACCCCGGUUGGCUCGUGAAGAACGUGACAUAUCGACCCCACUGCUACAUGUGCUUCACCGACAACAAGUCCAUCCGGUUCAUCUUUUCUUCCCAGGCCCCUAAAGCACACACUAAAUGUUCCCCAUGGACCUUGAUGGAGGAACUGAGGGACAAAACGGCCAAUGUCACUGACCUGGACAGCAGCAUCCUGGGAAACCUGACAAUCUUCACCGACAAAGAUGUGGAGCAAGUUUUUCCAAACCAGGAUGUGGUGUGGGACCGGUUUGAGCGGGCCUUUGACGCCCUCUGGGGUCUGGUCACGUAUGCCCCGGUCUUCAAAGAGUACUACUACCGAGGCUUGACCGAGUUUUACCUGGACAACGUCAUGUACCUGGAGCUCCGUGCUCUUCUGCCUGAGAUCUAUGAGUUGGAUGGAAGCACACACGAUCGAUCCUGGACUCUGAAGACCUACCAGGACAUCACCAGACGCUUCACAGCAGAGCACCCAGACUUCUUUGGAACGCGUGUUAUUUUCACUAUUCACAGGGGAGUAAAUACGUCGAUGAUGGAGAAUGCGGUGGAGGAGGCGCUGAAGCUCCAGAGAGACUUCCCAAUAUUCAUGGCUGGCUUUGAUUUGGUUGGUCGUGAGGAUUCAGGGCAACCGCUGUGGUACUUCAGAGAUGCUCUGUCGAUGCCUGCAGAAAGGGGAGUCGCACUUCCCUACUUCUUCCACGCAGGAGAGACCGAUCUGCAGGGCACCACUGUGGACCAGAACCUCCUGGACGCCAUCUUGAUGAACACUUCAAGAAUCGGACAUGGCUUCGCUCUGCUGCGCCACCCGGUGGCCAAAGAUCUCUCAAGGAAGCAAGGGGUCGCCAUAGAGGUCUGUCCCAUUUCCAACCAGGUCAUGAAGCUGGUCAGUGACCUUCGAAAUCACCCAGCAGCCGUGCUGAUGUCAGAAAACCACCCGCUGGUCAUCAGCUCCGACGACCCCGGCAUGUUUGGCUCCUCCGGCCUCUCCGAUGAUUUCUAUGAAGCCUUCGUUGGCUUGGGUGGGCUCCGAUCAAAUCUGGCCUCCCUCAAAGAGCUGGCCGUCAACUCCAUCAGGUACAGUUCUUUGAACCAGAGACAGCAGGAGAUGGCUCUCACUGUCUGGCAGAAGAAAUGGGAGAAGUUUGUCUUGGAAAAUGCCUUUUAAGCACCGCAAGUGUUUGUGAGCUCUGUUGACUUGACACGGCAGCUUGUUGCUUUGCUUUUUAAUGAUGAGUCAUCAGAUUUAAAUGGUGGUUUAUUGCAACUGAACUCGCAAUACUUCGACUCCCAAAAAUGGGGUGACACAGGGGUCGAUCCUUGGACGCUUCCUUUUUUUUCGUGUGCAGUUAUUGCAUACGGGGUGUGUAGGAAUUUUAAAAUGUGCUUUUCAAAGAUCUGAAUGAUUCUCUUUUAAAUGAAUGUAAUUGCACUAUUUGAAAUGUGAAGCAUGUUGCGAUUGUCUGUGACUUGAACUUGAAUCCAGUCUAGUGUUGAACUAAGUGUUUAGUUGUAGCCUGGUUUGUUUUCCCUACUGUCGAGCGCUGCAAAGUUGUGUUUACAAUAAAGGUUUUUGUGAGUCUGACCCUGUAAUGAAAAAAACUUAUAAACUUCUACAUAUAUAAACUUAUAUAAAAACUCUAUAAACGCUUUUUAAAAUCACACACGAAGGUGUGUUUGGAAAAAAUACCAUGCCAUCUUUCAUAUUCAAAAACGGGUCAGCACGACACCCAGCAAGCCUCACUGGACCCGCAGCAGUUACAGUCCAGCCCUGUUCAUUUUUCUUUUAUCCCAAAAUUGGACUGGUUUAGAACUUCAAUUCAGAGCAUAUUCAUAUUCAAGAGAUUCCUACAGUUAUUCUCCCAUCCUUUUUGGACGUGCACAUAUUUGUCCUUCAUGACUCAACAUGAGUUUGUACACUUCACGAUGUUCUAGAAACACAGUCAAGUCACAGAGUUGUCACAGAGAUGACUAGUAAGAAUGUCCAAAAUGAAGCACAGAACACACAAGUAACCAAAAGAACCUUUACUACUGUUUGAUCCGACCAUUUGAGGUCACAGCAGUUCAUCAACACCAACAUGAGUGUUUUGCACAGAAGCUCAGAGAACUGUGAAAGGCACCACUGUUGUGUCUGUGAAAGAAAAUGUGAAUAAA